CGACGCGACACAGAGAGAAGAGGAGAGAGAGAGAGAGAGGAGGAAAAAUGGGGUACGUGCUGCGGGUGAGAAUGGCGUCCUUCUUCGCCGGAGCAGCGACGGCGUCCUUCAUCGGCCUCUACAUCCUCCACAACGACUACAAGGCCGCUCAAGAAUCCCUCUCCCGCCAGAUGAAAGGGCUUCACGCUUCACUGGAUAGACGAAUUUCCGAUCUGGAGAAGUUGAAGCAAGCCAAUGCUUCGGAUCACGCGGAAGCAACUGAGUAGAUCCCUGAGUCAUCUUCUUGGUGUUGAUGUGCUGCCCUCAUUUUUUUUUGUGUUGCUAUGUACUCACUAGGGCAGUGCCUUUCCAGUCCUUUCUGAAAUCUUAGCCCCCAUAAGAAGAAAAAAGAGAAUAACAGCAAUCAAACCAGCCCUCUACUGAGAUCAAUUGACGGUUGUUUCUUGCAAGACUUUCGUCCAGUUUUUUGAUUUGGUAGGAGUGUAGUUGUUGUGCAAUCAAUUUUCAAGUGCACUAAAUCAUGCUGCCUUUUCUAUUUGCAGCAAUCAUAGAUUUUGCUCCUUAGUUCUUCAA